AUGGCGGCGACCAUCGAUGAGGUGGAGACAGAUGUGGUGGAGAUCGAGGCAAAGCUGGACAAGGCUUAUCCCAAGGGCUGCUCUGACCUCCUCAUCCCGCUGCUGGAUCUGGGGGAGCCCCUGCUCAGGAAUGGGGUCCCCCCAAUUUCUCCCCAAUUUCACCCUCCUAACCCCGUUUUUCUCGCCGCUUCCCCCCUGCUAACCCCAGUUUGUGCCCUGCUCCUGGCCAGGGACGUGAGGAAGUUCAAGGAGACCAAGAAGCAGUUCGACAGGGUGCGGGAGGACAUGGAGAUCUCGCUGGUGAAGAACGCGCAGGCGCCGCGCCACAAGCCCCACGAGGUGGAGGAGGCCACGGGCACCCUGAGCAUCACCAGGAAAUGCUUCAGGCACCUGGCCCUGGAUUAUGUGCUGCAGGUCUGGCCUUUAGAAGGAAAGAAAACCUGUGCUCUCUCUCCCCAGAUGUUGUCCUUCAUGCACGCCCAGUUCACCUUCUUCCAGCAGGGCCACAGCCUCCUGCACGAGCUGGAGCCCUACAUGAAGAAACUGGCCACGGAGCUGGACCAGCUGGUGAUCGACUCGGCCGUGGAGAAGAGGGAGAUGGAGCACAAGCACGCCCUGAUCCAGCAGAGGGUGAUCCGAUCUGAUUUCUCCUACGAUGACUCCAAGGUGGAGUUCAACGUGGACGCCCCCAACGGGGUGGUGAUGGAAGGUUACUUGUUCAAGAGAGCCAGCAACGCCUUCAAAACAUGGAACAGGAGAUGGUUUUCCAUCCAGAACAGCCAGCUCGUCUACCAGAAGAAGCUCAAGGACGUCCUGACCGUGGUGGUCGAGGACCUGAGGCUCUGCUCGGUCAAGCCCUGCGAGGACAUCGAGAGGAGGUUCUGCUUUGAGGUUGUCUCCCCCACCAAGAGCUGCAUGCUGCAGGCUGACUCGGAGAAGCUGCGCCAGGCCUGGAUCCAGGCAGUCCAAGCCAGCAUUGCCUCUGCCUACAGAGAGAGCCCCGACAGCUACUACAUCGAGAGGCUGGACAGAACAGCCUCCCCCUCCACCAGCAGCAUCGACUCGGCCACGGACUCGCGGGAGCGCGGCGGGAAAGGGGAAACGAUCCUGCAGAGGGUGCAGAGCAUCCCUGGGAACGACCAGUGCUGCGACUGUGGGCAGCCAGACCCACGCUGGGCCAGCAUCAACCUGGGCAUCCUGCUGUGCAUCGAGUGCUCGGGCAUCCACAGGAGCCUGGGUGUUCACUGCUCCAAGGUGCGAUCGCUCACGCUGGAUUCCUGGGAGCCGGAGCUGCUCAAACUGAUGUGUGAGCUGGGCAACAGCACCAUGAACCAGAUUUACGAGGCGCAGUGCGAGGAGCUGGGGCUGAAGAAACCGACAGCAGGGAGCUCCAGGCAGGACAAGGAGGCCUGGAUCAAGGUGAAGUACGUGGAGAAGAAGUUCCUGAAGAAGCUGCCCGGGGGGGAGGCGCUGGCCAAGCCCCGGCGGGCGGCGGCGGCGCGGCGCAAACGGCGCCAGGAGCCCGGCAGCGCCUCCCCCGCCCUGCUGGCAUCAGCCGCCGCCACCCUGGAGCGGAAGUUCCGCCGGGAUUCGCUCUUCUGCCCCGACGAGCUGGACUCGCUCUUCUCCUACUUCGACACCGGCGCCGGCGCCGGGCCUCGCAGUGCCAGCCCCUCCUCUGUGCAGCCCCCACUGGCAGGUGGCCCCGGGAGUGGGGCCCUCCUGGACGGAGGUAAGGUGGGACUCUGGCAGCCAGCAGCAAGAGAGACACCCCAAAUUCCACCUCUUCCCCCCAAAAUUCCUCUUUUUCCCCAAAAAAUUCCUCUUGUUCCACCCCAAAUUCCACUUGUUCCCCCCAAAUUCCACUUCUUCCCCCCAAAAUUCCUCUUCCCCUCAUUCCCUUUCCCCGUUUCCCUUUUCCCCUUUCCCUUUCCCCUUCCCUUCCCGUUCUCUCUCCCCGCAGAGUGCGAGGUGUCGGAGGAGUCGAGCGGGGAGGCGGAGCUGGAGCCGGAGGUGUCGGAGCCGGAGGACCUGCGGGAGCUGCACCCGGGGCUGCUGCUGUCCCGGGCGGCGCUGGCCCGGAACGUGCCGCUGAUGGCCACGGCGCUGGCCCACGGCGCCGACACCAACUGGGCCAACGAGGAGGACGAGAGCAAAACGCCGCUGAUGCAGGCGGUGACCGGGGGCUCCUUGAUCGCCUGCGAGUUCCUGCUGCAGAACGGGGCUGACGUGAACCAGAGGGACGCGCGGGGCCGGGCGCCACUGCACCACGCCACCUCCCUGGGGCACACGGGGCAGGUGUGCCUGUUCCUGAAGCGCGGCGCCACCCAGCACGCGCUGGACGGGGACGGGCAGGACCCGCUGAGCAUCGCCGUGAGCGCGGCCAACGCCGACAUCGUCACCCUGUGAGUGACGCGCACCGGGAGGNNGAACGAGGAGAUGCGGGAGGCAGAGGGACCCCUGGGGCAGCCGGGCCAGUACCCCAGCAACAGCCCCACGGAGCUGCAGUACCGGAAAUGCAUCCAGGAGUUCAUCAGCCUCAACAUCGACGAGUGUUAGGGACAGCUCUGCCUGUCCUGGGGUACUCCCACCCGUGGAUAUUCGUGUUUUCCUCCCAGUUUGGUGUGGUGGUGUUGAUGCCUGCACCCCCCCUCCCCUCUAGGGUUGAGCUGUGCCUGCAGGAAGGCUGAGGGGGUUUUUUUUGUGUUUGGUUUUUUGUUUUUUUUUUUAUUCCUGUGGGGUUUUGAGUUCUCAUGCUUGACUACUGGAUGGUUGAUU